UUGGUCCCGACCGCUCUGCCACUCCCUUUCCUUCAUUGAACGUUUGAGCACCGCUGCGGACAUUACUUUUGUAUUUGAGUAUUCUCGGGGACAUAACUGCAGGAAAACAAGAUGGCCGACUGCGUGUCCAAGGUGGAGCUGACGGUGUCAUGCGCCACCCUCCUGGAUAAAGACGUGGGCUCCAAGUCAGACCCGCUCUGCGUCCUGCUGCAGAGCACCGGGGACAACCAAUGGGAGGAGGUGGGGCGGACCGAGCGGGUGAAGAACUGCGACAGCCCGGCCUUCAGCCAGCGUCUGAAGGUGGACUACCACUUCGAGACAGUGCAGAAGCUCAAGCUCGCCGUCUACGAUAUCGACAACAAGUCGGUGGACCUCAAGGACGAUGACUUCCUGGGGGGAGUGGAGCUGACGCUGGGCCAGAUUGUUGCCAGUAAAACUGUGACCAGACCACUACAGCUGAAGACCACCAAGCCAGCAGGGAAGGGAACCAUCACUGUGACAGCUGAGGAGAUUAAAGACAAGAGAGCCAUCGUCCUGGAACUAGACGCUAAAAACCUGGACAAGAAGGACCUCUUUGGGAAGUCUGAUCCUUUCCUGGAGUUUUAUAAACAAGGAGCUGGUGGCGAGUGGCAGCUGGUGUACAGAACUGAGGUGGUGAAGAACAAUCUGAAUCCCAGCUGGAAGAAGUUCACACUUUCUCUGCAAACCUUCUGUAGUGGAGAUCUGGACGCUCCCCUCAAGGUUAACUGCUUGGACUCGGACAGCGAUGGAUCCCACGAUCUGAUUGGUUCCUUCACGGCUAAAGUUUCCGAUUUCCAGAAGGCAGCACAUGGCUCACCGGCGGAGUUUGACUGUGUCCAUCCUGACAAGCAGAAAAAGAAGAAGAGUUAUAAAAACUCUGGAGUUGUUUGUGUAAAAAGCUGCAAGAUGGUGUCACAACACACCUUCCUGGACUACGUCAUGGGAGGAUGCCAAAUCAACUUCACCGUGGGCAUCGACUUCACCGGCUCCAAUGGGGACCCUCGCUCUCCGAACUCGCUCCACUACAUGAGUCCAGACGGUCUGAACCAGUACCUGUCCGCCACAUGGUCCGUGGGCCUGGUGGUCCAGGACUAUGACACAGAUAAAUUCUUUCCAGCUUUCGGUUUUGGAGCCAAACUUCCUCCAGAUUACCAGGCGGCCAAUCACCAAUUUGCUCUCAACUUCAACCCAGCUAACCCCUUCUGCCAAGGUGUCCAGGGCAUCGUGGAGGCCUACCGCCAGGCCCUGCCCCAGCUCAAACUCUCCGGUCCCACUAACUUCUCCCCCCUCAUCAACCACGUGGCCUCCAUCGCCUCCGCCGCCACCCAGGGCAGCCACGCCACUCAGUACUUCGUUCUCCUCAUCCUGACCGACGGGGAGAUCACGGACUUCGACCAGACGAAGGAGGCGGUGGUGCGCGCCUCGCGCCUGCCGCUGUCCAUCAUCAUCGUGGGCGUGGGGCCGGCCGACUUCAAGGCCAUGGAGCUGCUGGACGGGGACGACGGCCUGCUGCGCUCCACCACCGGGGAGGCCGUCGCGCGCGACAUCGUGCAGUUCGUCCCCUACACCAAGUUCGCCGACGCCCCACCCGGUGCGCUGGCUAAGAGUGUUCUUGCCGAGGUUCCCAACCAGCUGGUGUCUUACUUCAAGAUGAUGGGGCUGGAGCCCGGCAAAAUGGCUCCGCCCAAACAGGCUGAGCUCAAACCAUAAGCCACUCCCCUUCCCUGUCUGAGCCACAGCCCUACUGUGCUUAGGCCACACCCCCUACCAUGCCUUAUCCACACACCCUACCACUGAAUGCCAAAGCCACACCCCAUAUCGUGCCUAAGCCACACCCCUCAACGGGCCUAAGCCACAUAUCCUACUGCAGAAUGCUUAAGCCACACCCCUACUGAAGCAGUCCUAGGACACGCCCUGUUUAUGCAAUAAUACGUCUAUAUGAAACCUUUAAAAUGUACUCCACAGUUAUGUAGCUCCAUUUAAACCUGAUCAUUUACUGAGAUAUAAUCGUUGUAAUUCCACGUGUUUCUUGGUCUGACUCAGACCAGAAGAUGGACCCAAGAUAUGAGUGUCAUAUAUCAUGUAUUUACUUUUAUUAUUAUCUUCAUGACUUUCCUGGAAGUAAUGUCAAUACAGGUCUGGUCUAUCUUAGCAUGUGCCAGCCGAUAGCCCUGUUCUGUUACUCUAGCCGCUUGCCUCUGCCUAGCUGCUAGCUCUAGCUGCUUGCCUUGACUGGUAUUGUGCCUAAUUGUGCCAACUGGUUCAAACUAGUGCCUAUUGGUUCUAACCAGUGCCAACCGGUUCUAACUAGUGCCAACUGGUCCUCACUGGUAAUUUUGAGAAUUUAUGGACAUGCUGCUUUGCACUAUAAUCUAUAAGCUUCUAUUCUUGAAGCCAUUUUGCAUCAACUUCCAAUCUUCUCCCGAGAUAAUCCAAGACCACUUCCACACGGAGCUGAAUCAUGAAGCGUGUUUGACUAUACGGUCCGUCCGUUGCCAGUUGCGUCAAUCAAUCACAGCGUGUACUGACGCUAGAGCGGGCAUCCAUUAUGGCCACCAGGGGGCGCCAAAACCUCUCUAUAAUCAGUGUAUUCUUGGCUUAUGCUUGUCUGGGAGGAAGACAAGGCUGCAAAAGUGUCAUGAUUCCGCUUGAGCUUUGGUGUAUUAUGGCUUUUAUACUUGAAAUAAACUGAUUUAAUUUUACUUCUGUG